GAGGGGAUCGGACCCAGGGCAGGGCUGAGCCUCCUUCCCUGCUCCCGCCGGUCCGGGAGCGCCAGGCGACAGAGACCCACGCGGGGAUAGCUCCGUCACGGGGGGACUUCUCAGCGAAAGAGGAAGUUGUCUCGAAAUAACUCGGCGCUUCCCUUUCUGCCCUGCAGGCUUUGGAGCGGCUGCAGAGCCCGGGAGCGGCCGGGGCUCCGCCGGCACCCCGAUGUCCCUCUCCUGCGGGACCCUGCUGUGCCCCCCGCGCUGGCCGGGCCCUCGGGGGGGCUGUGACCCCCUGGGCCCCCCGUGCCCGCCCUGAGCAAGGCACAGUCCCGGAUCCGAGGCCAUGCCUGAGUGCUGUGAGGAGUUCUGUGCAGUCCCCCACGAGCUGCAGCCUCAGCCCGGCCAUGGACAACUCAGAGGUGGAGUCGGACAUCCUGCGGCGGGUGCGGGCAUUGCUGCGAGAGCUGGACGGGCACCACCCCUCCUGCCACAGCGACCGAGGAAUGCUGCGCUGGACCCUGCAUAAGAAAAUCGACCAGAAUCCCAGCACCAGCUGUGUGCUGGUCAGGAUCCUGGUGAAGGAGCUGGAAAGGGCAGAGCGAGGGGACCUCUGGCACUACAUCAUCCCACUGCUGCACACGCUGAUGUACACCCUGAUACAGGCUCCCUGCAUCCCUGACGAGCUCUGUGCCAGGGUUUAUGACUUCUGCAAGAGGCUGCUGACCCUGCCCAAGCCCUUCUGCACCAUUGGGCUGGACUAUGCCAGCAGGCUGCAGGUGGAGAGGACAGCCCCAGGAACCCUGUACCAAAGAAUGGUCAUCUCCGAGCAGAGCCUGCCGAGCGCCCCGUUCCCUUACCAGGAGAAGAUUUUCAUCUUUGCUGACCCAGAGCUGCUGCCUGAAGCCAUCUGCAAUGUCCUGGUCACUGACACCGAGGCAGCCCAGGUGUCCCAGAGCCCCCAGGGCUGCAUGAGCUGCGUGGUCACCCACGCCCUGCAGGCAGCCCUGGGUGACACCUGCGACACCCAUGGCCUCAGGGCCCGACUCCAGGCCUUGCCCCCAGGGGAGGUGGAGCACUGGUUCCAGCAGGUGGUGGCGGCCGUGGAGGGCGCGGGCAGCGAGGGCGGCUGGGACCGGGGCCAGCACACGGCGCGGCUGGAGAGGAUCUACCACGGCCUCCUGGGCUCCUCGCCUGCAGGGAAUGCUCCCCAGGAAGGGCUGCAGGGGACCCCUCUGCCCAACCCCAGCAUCAGCUUCCACCUGUGGACAGAAGAUGAGCAGCUCUGGAAGGAGCUGGUGCUGUUCCUCCGCCCGCUGUCGCAGAGCUGCGAGCCCGACUGCCUCGGGCAGGACCUGGACACCCUCGAGAUGCAGGACAUGCUCGCGGACUGCGGCUGCUGCGGGCAGAGCCGCUUCUCCGUGCUGUCCACGGACAGCGGCAUCGAGCGGGACCUGCCCGCGCAGGACGAGCCCUGCGGCCCCUGCCCCGCGGACCCCGAGCGCUCCCGGCUCCACAGGAAGGGCGGCAUCAAGAAGAAGCUGUCCCCGCUGGAGAGCGUGGCCUUGUUGCAGGCUGGCAGCAAUGUCCCCGGGGGGAAGCCCCCCGGGAAGCUGCCCAGGAGGGCAGGAAUGUCCCCGGAGCCCUCGCUCCAGAGGCUGCACACCGCCCGCGUGGUGCUGCUGGGGGACGAUCGCAUCCUGGGCCGCCUGGCACAAGCCUUCCACUCCCUCAGGAAACGGGAAGCCCGGCGAGUGUUCCUGACGCCCAGGCUGAACCUGCAGCUCUACCACAUCCCUGUGCUGCCGGGGCAGCCCCGCCCCGCGGCUGCUGCGGACCAGGCUGACCCCGAGGAGCUGUGUGAGGUGGCCGGGUACCUGGGCAGGGCUGAUCCCUGGUACGAGAGCAACAUCAACACCCUGUGUCACAUGAUCCCCAAGCUGGCCAACAUGCCAUCAUCACCAAGCAGGGCCCUGGUGACCGACCUGUUCCUCACCGAUGUCAUCGCCUACUACGCCCGCAUGGGCACCCAGCCCGUCUGCUUCCAGGUGCACUCUGUCAAGGUGCUGUUCCAGGACCCAGCACAGGACCCAGCUGAGGAUGUGUUCCUGACAGAGCUGCUGACCCAGGUGCAGGACAGCCCUUCCCACAGAGAGCUGAGCACAACCAAGAAGAAAAGCGCCCUGGAUGGCCCUGGCAUCGACCUCACAGUGACCUACAGGAAGGUUGUGCUGAGUGACCGACAGAAGGAGCUGGCCCUGUCCCUGCGCUCCUCAGGCCUGCUGAUGAAAGCCAUCCCUGCCGAGGAGGCUGAAGACCUGGGCUGCCUGAGCGUGACCAUCACUGAAAUCAUCAGGAUCAACAACCUGGCAGGACGCUCGUUCUCAGCUGUGGCACACAGGUUCAAAACACGGAAUAUCAAGAUCAGGAGCCCAGAGCAGAGACCCUUCACGGUGCGGCUGGACAAGGACAGCAGGAGAACCUACAGGGACGUGAUCGGCCUGGAGGUGUCUCCCUGCCUCGAGCCCAGCUACUGCCUGCAGAAGACCAGGACUAUGAAAUUCAGCCCUCACGAAACAGAAGAUGUGGGGCUUGUCAAGUACCUGCCCAAGUCUCUGCUGCUGCCCAUCAACACUUUUGCUGGAGUCAUGCAGUGAAGGAAACAGGAAAAGGAGGUGUGAGUUCUGACAUGGGGUCAGCACAGAGGGAAUGGGAAAACAAAACACACUAAAAGCCACCCAUGGUGACUUAAAUGGCAGUGGUGUGAAGAGCUGCCCCAGCAGAGGUGGAAGGCUCAGAGGGCACACAGCUGUGCCCUGCCAGUGACAGUGUGACCAUGGGUGACAGCCCUUGCCAAGGGCACAGCCAUGCCCUGCCAGUGACAGUGUGACCAUGGGUGACAGCCCCUGCCAAGGGCUCAGCCAUGCCCUGCCAGUGACAGUGUUACCAUGGGUGACAGCCUCUGCCAAGGGCACAGCCAUGCCCUGUGACAGUGUGACCAUGAGUGACAGACCCUGCCAAGGGCACAGCCAUGCCCUGCCAGUGACAGUGUGACCAUGGGUGACAGCCCCUGCCAAGGGCACAGCCAUGCCCUGUCUGUGACAGUGUGACCAUGGGUGACAGCCCCUGCCAAGGGCACAGCCAUGCUGCAGGACUGAGCUUUCACUUUCAGCACAAGUCAGGGGAAAGCUCUGAGCUCCUCUGUUCAGGACGAGUGAGGAAGAUCCAUGGCAGGUGGUGCUGGCUGUCCUGUGGAGCCAGGGGAGCUGACAGCAGCAAUAUUUAUCUUGGAGAUGUCUCACAGCCCAGCAGAGAUCGUGUUUUCACCUCACUGCCCAAACAUUUUUGUUGCUCACCUGUGCCAGACUUGGGCAGCAAACAUUCUGUCCCUGAAGGGAGGCAGGAGGGUGACAGGCUCAUCAGGAAACCCCUGCACAAGCAGCUGUUGUUGGGUUAAUGGGGGGUUUAAGGGGUGACCUGCACCCCUCUGCCUCUUCGGGGCUUCACUGUGGAGUUUGUUCACACCAAGAAAAUGCUCAAAAAUCCCAAAGGCUUAGAGCUGGGCUGGA